CAGGCUGUGCUGGGUGAGCCACGGGCCGCUGUGCUCCUGCUCCCCCCAGAGCCUGGAAAGCGACCCCAGUGCGCCCCGGGUUCAAAGGGCCCGCGCACAGCUCCAACCCCUCCGGGGGGCGGGGAGGCGAGAGGGUUGGCGCGGGAGCGAGGAAAACCCAAGCCCAGAGCCGGCCUGCGCGGGGUGGGCAGCGCCUUCUGAAGUUUGUGACCAUACAACCAACUCCUGGCCAGACCCCGGGGUGCAGCGAGCAAGUGACCCGCCUCGAAUCCCCAUCGCUGGAGGAUCGAGAAGUUGUACGUGCCUUUGGAGGCCACAGGAGUCCGUCCUCCCUGCACGGUACCCCCGCGCCUGAUUGGGGUUCAUGGAGCUGGGGCUGUGGCUCCUUUUUGGGCUCACAGUGACCUCCGCAGCAGGAUUGGUGCCUGCCCCUCACCCUGGGGAUGCUGGCAGGAGUAGUAUAUCGCAGACACCCCCUGUAGCCAAAUCUGAGGGGAGCAUCCAGGAAACAUUGACUACAGCGCGGGGUCCAAGACCUGAAAGUUCUGGACAGAAGCAGGGAGCAGAUGGGUUUGGGGCACAGGCAAACAAGGGGAGCCCUGUGCGCCACAGAGCCAGACGCUGCACGUGUUUCACCUACAAGGACAAGGAGUGUGUCUACUAUUGCCACUUGGACAUCAUUUGGAUCAACACUCCUGAACGGACUGUGCCCUAUGGACUAUCCAACUCCAGGGGAAGCUUCCGGGGAAGGAGGUCUGCAGGGCCUUUCCUGCAGAGUCCACAGUCCUCCAAGUGGACACUACGCUGCUCCUGCAUGGACAGUGAUGAUGGGCCCUGUGUGCAUUUUUGCACCCGAGCGCUGGCAGUUGGCAGGAGCUCAAAGACAGCAGAAGACCCAGACAAAGAAGAGGAAGAGCUGGCCAUUGGAGCCAACCAAGUCCUGUGUCCAAGAGCCCAAAAUGAAACUCCUCUCUGCAUGGAUUGGAUGUGAUGAAAACCAUCCAUUCAUUGCAUCAUGUGUUUCAGUCACUCAGGUUGAAUUCAAGGACAGAACAAGCAAGUAGACUUUAGAUCUUCAUCAUCAUCAACACAUGUUUGCAUGGCCUUGGACCUCCCCCUUCUGUCUCUCUGCUCCCCCUUUCUGGAGCCCUUUGGGAGAUCAGCCUGCAACAUCUUGUUUUAGGGAGAUUUCAGUUUCUGCUCUGACUUGGUUCAUUUUUCUGCCUCCUUGAGGACAUUGAGUUUUUGCCUGGGGAAGAAAACCUACUCAAAGGGGUCGUCAGUUAACUUUACACCCCUACCCCAAGAAUGUCCUGAUUCAAAUGACCCCAGUUUCUCUAAUGGGAAAAAUGAUCCCAGAUGUGCCCUGGGGGCCAUUGCCCAGGGCUCUGGUUUCAUGCAGGAAAUUGUUUGGGGAGUUAGGUAUGGCAGUGUUUUUUGGCUUGACUUUUCAGGAGAUUAAGUGGACUCCAAGCGACUCUUUGCAAAUAUAAACACAUGUCCAUCUUGCAGUAAAUGCAACAGGAGCAUUGCAUGUUAUAACGCAGAGUAGACUGGUACAGAGAGCAUUGUCUUUAGAUGUGGAUGAUAGCUGUACAGGUCUUCAUGAAUCUGAAACUUAGAGGAUUUAGACAGAAAUUUUCAGUUGUGCUUGAUUCCUACCAAAAAGAAUGUUGCUCAAAAAAGUGAAGACAAAGAAACCUUGAUGCUUAUGCUGAGAAGUAGAGAAAACUGCUGUUGGUUUUGAACUUCAGGACACACAGCAAAGAGCCUGUUCAAUUGAUUGAUAUCCUUUGACCUUUGCAGGCAGCCAAGACAGGGCACAGUAGUGCUGGUUCCUAGGCCUGGCUCCUAGGAAAUUUCUGUCUAGGCAAUCUCAUCUCAAGGCUCUUGGGACAAAUAUUUGCUUUCAUGAAUAAAUGUGGAUCUUUGGGGAAUAGUUUCAAAACAAGCCUAGAACACAAACUCUUUGUAAAUUAUGUAAAUUCUUAUUUAUCUAUAUAAUUGUUAACAACUGGGAAUUGUAAUGUCUGAUAGUUCACAAUUUCUUUCAGCUGCUCUCUUACUGCCACACUGAGCUUUUGGUGAGUGUUUGGAAUAGGAAUCGGUGCAUGAAGUCACGGGUGGGAAAGAGGCCAUCCCAAUGCAAAGACCCAAAAAUAUCUAAGUGUGUACUGAGGUCAUCAUAUAGACAACUUUAAGAUGGUAAAGAACAGCACAUUGGCCUUGACCAAAUGCUAAAAUUAUCUCUGAGUGUUUCAUAAAUUAUUGCAGGUAUAAAAGUGAGUAUCUUUCACAAAGAAAUGGAAAGGGCUGAUUUGCUAACAGGACUGUGUACAGGAGCAAUUAUUUAUUGUGAAACUAUUCUCUAUUCUGACUGCUUUAUGUGGAGCUGUUCAAAGGGAAGACACUGUAUAGAUAUAUAGAUAUGAAGAUUUUAAAUUGUGUUCUGAAUCCAAGCUCAUAUUCCUUAGAGCUUGAAUUGCAUUUUUUAAAUGCGUAUGUACUGUUGAGCUCUGUGGCAAGAUGAUAUCAUGGAGAGAAUCUCAUUCAUUCUGCUAACACUAGGAAAAUACUAACUGUCAAAUGCAUAAUAAAAAAAUUCAAAGUUU